AUGCCCGACCCCGACCUCUCGCGUUGGCCCGCGAUCGAUGACUACCUGUUAAAACUCGCGUGCGAGAGCGGCGUCGCCCUCGAAUCGCUCGUCGGCGCGGAUUCGUGCGUGAAAUUCGCGUCGGUGAGGACGCUCGACGACGUGCGCGCGCGCUGGAAUUCGAUGCUCCGCGACGACGCCUUCGCGCGCGCGUGCGUCCGAAGGCUCGCCGAGGUGCGGGACGAUGAGAUAGAGCGCGCGAUCGCGCAGCGAGUGGCGCCGCGAGGGGCGACGCUGCGGGAGGUGCUCGAACGCGCGGGGCUGGGGACGUCGCGGCGCCGGGACGGCGGCGCGGAGACGGAGCCGGAGAGCGACGACGGCGCCCCGCCGAGGUUUUCGCGCGCCGAGCAGGCGAUAUUGAGAAGCGAUCUCGUGGAGCGCACCGAGGCGGGACGGGCGGCGGAGACGAAGGCGAAGGCGAAGAGGGAGGUCGGGCGAGGGGCGAACGCGACGACGCUGAAGAAAAUCAAAGCGUUGGAGCGGAGCGCGCAGGCGGCGACGGCGCGGUUGGCCACGGCCAAGGGAGCGCUGGCGGAACUCGUGGGGGCGAACGUGACGUUUGAGAUCGCGAAGCGGGACUGCGUCAUCGGACGGUCGACGGAGGAUUUGAAGGUGGACGUGGACUUGGGGUCGGAGGGAAACGCGAGCAAGAUUUCUCGACAGCAAGCCUUCUUGAAGCUUCGUUGGAACGGCGAGUUCGCGCUUCGUAACGUCGGAAGACGACCGAUUUGGUGCAAUAACUCUCCGCUCACCACGGGGCAGCGGUGCAUUUUGGCGCCGCAUACGCUCAUCGAAGUCGGCGGGAUGCGGCUUUUGUUCCUGCCGAACCCGACGUUGAUUCGCGCCGCCUCGCCCGAGCUCUUGGAGAAAAUCGCGUAG